CAGAUAGAAUAAUUUUUUUACAGAAUUGUAUGUCCUCGCUUCUUGACUUGAUACUGGAGGGAAGCACGAACGAUUCUCCAAGUGAAUUUAUAUCCGAACUACAGGAAUUGAAUCGUUCUGCCAUAUUAAUAACUGAAUCCGAAUUGUUAAAUUUGGUUUCAUUUCUAUGUAAUGUUGAAAUGGAAUGCAAAGAUGAACUAUUGAAAAAAUCAUUAAAUUCUUUACUUGGAGGAUUGCCUUCGUACUCUCAUAACAAUAAUCAAAGUAGUAAUACUCCGUAUUCGGGAACGCCAAAUGCAACUCCUAUGGAUACUCCUCCCAAUACACCAUCUUCUAGAAGAAGCAUUUUGGGAAAAGUAGGACGAAUAACUUCAAAAACAUCAUUGCCAUUGUUUACCGAAAGUCAUCAUGAUGACUGCAACCUAAAUGAAACUACUGACUCUCCAGUAAACAUUACCACUCAAGUUGAAGAAGUUUUGGUUAUUCCUUUAGCAAAUCAAGAUUUUGAAUGUCCAGGAAUGUUAAGUGAAGAAAAAGUGAUAAGCUUAGAACAACAAAAAAAACACAGUAAAGUUCGAAUGAAUCUCGACAGUCUUGUGGGUGAUAAUGUCAGUACUACCGAAAUCGUUGAAAAGAAAACAAGAUUUUCACUUUCUCAAGAUCAAGAGUCUUUAGGAACAAGUGAUAAUUUAGAAGCUGUAUCAGAAGCUGCAUCAAAUCAUUCUGUUGCUUCUUCACUUGAUUUAGAAAAUGAAAAUGAAAAUGAUAAUUUAUCGGAUAUGGUGUCGGCAAAUGUCAGUGGACGUGGUACUCCAAAUGUUAGUGGGCGAGAUACGCCGUCAUCUCAACUUGAAGGAGAAGAAAGAGAACAGAGGCCUUUGGAUCUUCCUGUUGCUACGCAAAAACAAAAUCGCGAGGACAUUGAAGAUAAAUUUGGAAGAUUUGAAAUAAAAGAAAUAAACGAAGGUGAUGAAACUAAAUCAAUGGUGAGCGACACUUGGAGUACGGAUGUUCUUGCAAGUGAUUCCGAAACUAUUGAACAGUCUGAUGCAUCCUCUCAAAUAGCAUUAGAAGUUCAGCCUCCAGGCCUACUAGAUGUAUCGGAAACUGCCAGUCAAAGUGAUGCUUGGAGUAUGGAUGUAUUAACUUCGGAUACAGAGAGAUUGCAAGACUUAGAUACCGAUGACACUAGUAGUGUGGCAAGAUCGGACGACACGACCAGGUCGGAAAUUGAAGGAGAACAUUUUUCUGAAAUAAAUAGACCUGAUCUCAGAGAAUUGAGUGAUGGUACAGAGAUUUUGCAUGGUAAGAGGUUAAAUUUGUAG